GUGUGUUUGCGUGUUUAUGCGUGCGUGUGUGUGUGUGCGUGUCCGUGGUGCGCAGACCGCGUGUGGCGCAGUGGAGAGAAAACAAACAGUUUCGGGUGUUUGAGGUGAGUUUGAGCCGUUGCCGUGGUGAUGAGCUGUAAUGAGUGUUUCGGCUGUGGCCGCAGUGGUCACUGGGUGAAAAACUGUCCAAGCGCUGGGCGAGGACGAGCGAAAGGUCGUGGCAGAGGCAAAGAUCUGUUCUGUUAUCGAUGUGGGGAACCCGGACAUGUCGCCAGAGACUGUGAGAAGACUGAGGACGCCUGUUAUAACUGCCAAAGAGCAGGUCACAUCUCCAGAGACUGCAAGGAGCCGAAGAAGGAGCGAGAGCAGCUGUGCUACAACUGUGGGAAGUGCGGCCACAUGGCCCGGGACUGCAACCACGCCAACGAGCAGAAGUGCUACUCCUGCGGCGGCUUUGGACACAUUCAGAAAUGCUGCGACAAGGUCAAAUGCUACAGGUGUGGGGAGAUCGGCCAUGUUGCGGUGCACUGCAGCAAGGCAUCGGAGUUGAACUGCUAUAACUGUGGAAAGUCGGGUCACCUGGCGAAGGAGUGCACCAUCGAGGCCACCGCCUAACUGCCACCCCUCACCCUCUUUUAUCUCUUCUUUCUUUUUCUUUAUUAAUUUCCUGUGGUCCUCCUCUUCUCAUUGGGCCAGAGACCUGUCAGUCAGCCUCACAUCAGCCAGUCAGAUUAGACGGAGGAAGGAGAAGGGGCGGACACACACACAAAACAUUUUUUUUGCAUUUCUAAAAGAAAAAAAUGAAUUUGUGUUUUUAGUUUGGUAGCGGUGUCAUGAUGUACAAAGCUUUGUUUAAGAAUCCUUUCUGCCCAGCCCAGCCGAUUGGCUAAGAGAGUAGAGUGAUUGGGAAAAAAAGUUAAGCCCCCGCCCCACCUCUGUCCUAAAGUGGGAAGUUUCUUUCUUCCAACACGGUGAUUAACUUUAUUUUCUUUUUCUGGACAAAACCCAGUUUGUCUGAAAGAAACGUGAUUGGCCCUGCCUCCAUCAAUCAGCCAAUCACCUCGCAGGUCUGGCCACAUCAUUGCCACACGGGGGAAUGAACGAGCCAAUCAGAGCAGGUCACAGCAGACAACAAAAGGAACAUUAAUAAUUCAUAAAUUAAAGGUGCGUUUUGUUGCUGUUUGGACCAGACGGAGCGACUCACCGAUGGAGACGAAAACUAAUAUUUAAAAAAAAAAAAAAAAAACAUCAACAAGAAUUUUAAGUCUGGAGAGAGAAUGUUUUCACAAAAAAAAUCCAAAUGUUAUUUUUGUACAAUAUAUCACUCAGAGCUACAGUAAAAAUGUCAUUUGGUUGUACUGCAAACUGUAAGUUUAACCUGACAAUAAAAACAUGGAGGAAGAAGAAGAGUACGAAAACGA